GAUCCUCAAAAUGUUUAUUUACCAUCGCUACACAUAAAAUUAGGGAUAAUGAAAAAUUUUGUUAAGGCAAUGGAUAAAUCAGGACCAGGAUUUGAAUAUUUAAAAACAAAAUUCCCAUCAAUAUCCGACGCAAAAAUAAAAGAAGGAAUAUUCGUUGGCCCUCAAAUUAGAAAUCUGAUGAAUGAUAAAAAUUUCACAUUAAAACUGAAUAAUUUGGAAAAAGCAGUGUGGCUUGCAUUCAAGAAAACAAUACAUAAUUUUCUCGGAAACCACAGAGCAAGAAAUUAUAUUUCCAUAGUCAAUAAACUCCUGAAAGCAUGUAAAGAACUCGGAUGCAAUAUGUCUUUGAAGAUUCACUUCCUAGAUUCUCACUUAGACUUCUUUCCGCCAAAUCUCGGUGAUGUGAGUGACGAACACGGAGAACGUUUCCACCAAGACAUUUUUAGGACGGAAAAACGGUACCAAGGAAAAAAAUCAUGUGCAAUGUUGGCAGAUUAUUGCUGGAUUUUGAUGAAGGACAACAAAGAUGUAACGUACAAACGUCAAGCAAGACGAAAACAUUUUUAAGUUCGUUUACUGCAGGUAAUUCUUUAUCUUAUACAUUUUAUUCUUUCUAUAUCAUAAACAAAUUUCAAAAUUGUCUUCAAUCGACUGUCGAUUGAUAAAGUCGUA